GGGCCAUCUAAAUUUUAUGCCUAAUUAGAUAGUGACAGGCGGGUUGUUCAGCUGCCGCCUCGAGCGAGCGUGCCAUGCGGAGCCGGCAGAAUGACAAGGACAGGGGUUUAAAAUAGGAGUGAGCACGUUUGAGUUGGUUUGUAGCUCGUAUGCCUUUAGGCGUUUAAGAAAUAUCCAACUUUGACUACCACAGUGCGCUUUUACUGCUUAAUGUAUACCCAAAGUGUAUAGUACACCUUGAGGGUCUUGAUGUUCGCUGUUCCAAUGGUAUUAUACCCGGCCUAUGUUCUUCGCAGUGUCGAUAAGGUUAUAUCGCUUUCUACUAAGUCUUGUGUAAGUCUUUAAACUCCAUCGCGCAUAUUCGUAUGCGUAACGGUGAGCCCCAUGCCGUCACCAGUGUACCAUGUAAGUCAAGCCCGAGUUUAACGUCCUUAAGGAUGCUGUGCUGUCUUCUUCCAUCUCUCUUAAUUUAGUAUAGCUUCGUGGUGUGUUACGAAUAGUUUGGCCGCACGGUAAUUGGGUUCCCAAUACUUGCUCACAUAUAUUUUGCCUUAAUUACCCGGCACCACACCAGCCCAAAUGAUUCCGCAUGGAUUAGCAACCAAACCCAUAUACAAAAUGAACUAGUCAUCACAGAAGGCACAGCAUAUUAUUGCGUAGAACUUUCAUUAUAUCCUUCAUCAGCAUUGUAGGCUCGUUCGCCUCCAGAAGGAUCAUCAAGAUGACGGCAAAGUCGAUGUCCAUGUCUAUGGGCGAUAGCCCUACCUCGGAAAAUAUCACUAGCCUUCCUCUUUCUGACCCGCGGUGUAAUAGCGAUGCUUGCGAUGCUUUUGCGGCUGCCCACAAGGCUUCGCAGGCAGCGGUGUCGUACGAUCACCAGUAUGAAUAUGGACAUUACACGACUUGGUAUUAUUUGGCGGCGAUUGGCGUUGCUAUGUUUGUCUAUGCCUAUCGUUUGAAUCGGAAUCGUAGAGCUCGGAAAGGGGUUCCUAGGUCUGAAAAAUUAACGCCGGCUCGUAAAGUACUCGCUCUCUUCCGCGCGGUUAACUACCGACACCUCAAAGGCCGUGUGGCAGAUUAUUUCGGAUUUCCUUCCCUCGGAGCGUUUGUCUUCAUUGCCGUGACGUCGCUGUUCCUCCUCCUAAUGACUUUCCUAAUUCACCCUUACUAUCGAGGUCGACGAGGCUAUGGAUCUCCUCCUUUAGCUGUCCGAACUGGGUUGAUGGCGCAGGCUUUGACACCCAUCAUUGUUGCCCUUGCCGGUAAGGUCAACUUUAUCACGAUGCUCACCGGUAUCAGCCACGAGAAGCUGAAUAUUUUCCACCGCUGGGUAUCAUACAUGUGCCUGUUCCUGAGCGUUGUUCAUACGGUGCCAUUCAUCGUCCAACCCCUGAAAGAGGGUGGACCUGCCGCUCUCCGGAAACAGUAUUAUAAACCUGGUGGUAUGGAGUAUACAGGAACUCCGCCACUGGGUAUACUUGUAGGAAUUGUCGUAUUAUCCGUUCCAUGGAUUCGCCACCGGUUCUACAACUUUUUCUACCGACUGCAUAUACCCAUGUACAUAGUGUAUCUCGGUCUGCUAUUCUGGCAUUCGAAGCAGGAGAAGGACUCGUGGGUGUAUCUGUAUUCGACGCUUGCAAUAUGGCUCGCGUCGUGUUUAGUGCGCCUCUUCUACAAGUGGCAGACGUUCAGCAUCUUCCGAAAUUGGUUCCAAGGGUUCCCAGCAAAGCUUGAAGAAUUACCGGGCGGUAUGACGAAGGUGACUGUCCUCGCGCCCCUGGACUUCCAAUGGCGACCUGGUCAGCACUGCUGGCUGCGGGUACCCCACCUAUCGUGGCUACAAAACCACCCUUUCACGAUCGCAAACUUACCUAAAGCUCAUACUCCGGGAGUGAAAGUAGAUUCAGAAACCCAAGACAUGAUCUUUUAUGUCCGUGCACAUCAUGGACUGACUCUUGAUUUACUUAAAUCCGUCACAAACCAUGACGAUGCGGAAAAUCAUAGCCGUUCUAUUUCCGUCCAUGUUGAUGGCCCGUACGGUGGACUUAUUGAGGACGUACCCGCGCUAUACGAAUCGCUAAUUUUCGUCGCUGGAGGUAGUGGAAUUUCCGCAUGUCUUCCUUGGAUUCAAUAUACGGCUAGGCGCAUCACUGAAGGUACUUCAAUGACCAAGAGUAUCCACCUUGUGUGGAUGAUUCGAUACGCCAGCCAAAUGCAGUGGAUAACGGAAGAAUUAGAACCCCUCGUCACUGCUCAUACGGAUCUGGUCCAAGUGGACUUUUUCGUGACAGACUCAGGCACGGCGGCGGCGUCAAGCAUAGAAUCCGAUAAAAACUCCGAUAGUGGAGUAAUCAGUAGCAAGCCGAACGAGAAUAGUACGACGACGGUAAGCCCGAAGCUAGGACAAGUGCAUAACCAACGUCCUUACUUGCCUGCUCUGCUUCCUACUCUGGUUACGGCGCAACGGUCGUUUAUUCUUGGUUGCGGGCCAGAGAGUUUAAGGACGGAUCUAGCAAAUGCGGCGUCGGCUGCUCAGAAGAAGGUUCUUGUUGGCGAUGCCAAGAUCAUUACGUUGCACACUGAGUCUUUCGGCUGGUAAGUUGAGAGGCGGAUGGGUUUAGGCUCCUCAUUUGUACUCCUUGGCAAUAGGCUACCGUCAUAUAUUAGGUAAUUUAUUUAGUCGUGCUUCGUAUUAGACUGAGUACGAUGAUCUGCACGAUGAUUUUUGUGUAUAUGUUGAUCCUUAG